UUUGUGAUUCUUCUAGUUGCAGUCGCCAAUACCUAUGCCUGUAAAGGGCUGGACAGAAUUGAGGAGAGACUGCCUAUCCUGAGUCAGCCAUCAACUCAGGUUGUUGCUAAUGCCAAAGGUGCAGUGACUGGGGUGAAGGAUGCUGUGACAACUUCUGUGACUGGGGCCAAGGAUUCUGUGGCCAGCACAAUCACAGGGGUGAUGGAUAAGACCAAAGGAGCAGUGACUGGCAGUGUGGAGAAGACCAAGUCCGUUGUCAAUGGCAGCAUCAACACAGUCUUGGGGAGUCGGGUGAUGCAGCUUGUGAGCAGUGGGGUAGAAAGUGCGCUCACCAAAUCAGAGCUGCUGGUGGACCAGUACCUCCCUUUCACUCAAGAAGAACUAGAAAAAGAAGCAAAAAAAGUCGAAGGAUUUGAAGUAGUUCAGAAGCCAAGUUACUACGUUAGACUAGGAUCCCUGUCUACCAAGCUGCGCUCACGUGCCUACCUGCAGGCUCUCAGCAGGGUUAAAGAGGCUAAGCAAAAAAGUCAGGAGACCAUUUCCCAGCUCCAUUCUACCGUUCACCUGAUUGAAUUUGCCAGAAAAAAUGUGCAUAGUGCCAACCGGAAAAUUCAGGACACUCAGGACAAGCUCUAUCUCUCAUGGGUGGAGUGGAAGAGAAGCCUUGGGCAUGAUGACACCGAUGAAUCCCACUGUACAGAGCACAUUGAAUCACGUACUCUUGCUAUUGCCCGAAACCUGACUCAGCAGCUCCAGACCACGUGCCACACCCUCCUGUCCAGCAUCCAAGGGUUACCACAGAACAUCCAAGAUCAAGCCAACCACUUGGGGGUGAUGGCAGGCAACAUCUACUCAGUGUUCCAGAAUGUCACCUCCUUUAAGGAAGUGUCUGACAGCCUCCUCAUAUCUAGCAAGGGGCAGCUGCAGAAAAUGAAGGAAUCCUUAGAAGAUGUGACGGAUUAUCUUGUUAACAACACACCUCUCAACUGGCUGAUGUUUGAUUUCACUGCCAUAGACUUGACAUCUGAGACUGACGAAAUUCCAGAUAUUAUAGCUUUGGAAGAGGAGGAUGAACCACAUCAUUCACAUGUUAGGCCUGUCCUCUCAGGGCAAAAUGUUGAAUAACUAACAAAAGAAUACUCCUUUGGAUGUGUAAUUUGUAUCACAUUAAACUUCAUAGUUUGCUC